AAUUUGACGGUGAACCCAAUCUUUUUAUUAGCCUGAAUUCAAUAAACCCUGUCUCUUCUCACAAAGGCCGAGAGGACAUUAAAUCUACUUAUUAAAUUUAUCAUCUAUAAAAUUUCCACCUUCCCAAGAUAGGUAGGUGUGCAGAAAAUGCUGCUUCGUAUUUCACACAGUGCGAAAAGCUGUGAAUACGGUCAUACGGCCGUGAAAUGUAAGGCCGAAUCAAAAUGAACUGAAAUAAAAGGCACAGAUUUAUUCCAGGGAGCUUUGACGGCUUUCCAGAGAGUUUGGAAGGCAAAUUGAGCGUUUAUUGGCGACUGUGCUUUGCGUGCAUGCCACAACACGUCAACUCAGUUAUAUCUGACGCGUCAGGAAUAGGAUAUAAUUAUGGGCCCAGGUAUGGUACUGACACACUCAGUAUAUGGAUAAUACUCUCGGUCAGCCAUUGGUUAUGCUUUGCCCACGAUGGACUUUUCUUUACAAAUCCCCCUCUGCAGAUGCUAAUGAUCGAUUCAUUCUAAGCAUUGAGUUUUUUCCUCUGAUUCUUUUUACCACACCCAAGUCGAUCAAUCCAUCUUCAACUAAAGGAAACAUCAUUUUGUCGAAUCAGCUUGAAGAAAGUACCCGCAUUCUGCUUUCUGGUCGACGCUAUACAAUUUGGUUAGACUGAUCGUCUGUGUUCUGCCACUUCUCCAGGUCUCGGAGAUUCAGAUAGUUUGUUUUGAUUGUGAAAAGCAUUAAAAACAGAACAAGGGAGAUUCAGCGAACAGGGCCUACGUGGGUGAUCCAAGUACGUUACACGAAUUCAGGACUGACGUGUAAGGCGCAGAUUCAUUCCAGAUCGCUAGGAUUGCUUACAAUAAAUUUGGAGACUCUGAGAGCAACUUUCUGAAAUCCCACCACGCCAUUGAAUCUGCAGAUAUGCUGCCAGUCUGCCGAUUUCGACCUAUAAAGAUGGGCAUUUGCAGUUAAAAGAAGACACAAGACAAAAAAUGCCGGACAAGGAAGAGGAUGAUGCAGACAAGGAAAAGCGGAUGGGAAGCAUGGGAUUGGUUUUCCGGCCGGUGGCGACAUUCACAUCAUCCGGCAGCGAAGCUUCGGACGCCAUAAGCUCCAUCGACUUCAGCCCCGACGGCUCGCACUUCGCAACGGGCGGCCUGGCAAGAAAGAUCCGCCUUUACAGCUUCACCGGAAAUCAGCCCGCCGGCGACAUGGCGUCCGGAUCCCGGAAACGAACCUGCCCAGCAGAAUCCGCCGCCGGGCUACAAAAGCUCGAUGAGAUUUACACGCCAGCAAAACUGAGCAGCCUGGCGUGGUGCCCGUCGGACCGUAGCGUGAUUUCCUGCGGCGACUAUGACGGCGUGGUGACGGACUGGGACGCCGAGUGUGGCGUCGCGGUUGUGGAGCGCUACGACCAUGGCGGACGACGGGUGUGGAGCGUGGAUUACAGUCGGGCAGAGCACCACCCGGGUCUCUGCGCCUCCGCCUCCGCCGACGGCACCGUCAGAUUAUGGACCGCCCGAACGGACACCAGCGUGGCCGUCAUGAGGCCCUCGUCCGCCGGGGCCUCCGUCUGCUCUGCCCAAUUCAGCCCCUUUAGACCGAAUCUCCUGACCGCCGCCUCCGCCGACGGGAGUUUUUCUCUGUUCGACAUUCGGAAUACUGAGGAAUGUGUGACGAGCAGCCGUGGGCAUGCCCGGGCUGUGAGCUACGUCCGGUUUGUGGACGAGGCCCGAGUGGUGUCGGCGUCCAUUGAUAAUAGUGUGAAGGUUUGGGAUAUGGAGUUGAGGCUUGAGAGGAAAUGGGAGGGACAGCAUCUGAACGUGAAGAACUUUGUGGGAUUAUCGGUGCUGGAGAGUCGUGGGGGAUUGAUUGCCUGUGGAUCGGAGACCAACCAAGUUUUUGUAUAUCACAGAGGUGAUGAGAAAUCGCUUUGGCGGAGUGCUAGAUUGCCUUCGGCUGAUGAUGACGCAGGGGCCUUCGUGGGUGCCGUUUGCUGGAGACGAGUGGAUGGUGGGCAUUGCGAUGACGUUCAUUCUCUCCUCGCCGCAAAUUCUGACGGGUCUUUACACCUCAUCCACGCCCGAGUUCUUGGGUAGCGUAGGAUUAGCAUUAGCCUGGCCCGUCCGUUUUCGCGCUCGUUCACCCGUUGGGCUUUUCAAGAGUCAGGCAUGUGGCGGUUUGUUCGCUUCCAAGCUACUUAGGAAGCAGAAUUACUUGGAUCAAUUCAUUAGAAUCCAUUUCUCCAAUAACUCAUUCAACAUCGAAGAGACCAAUUUAUUUGAUUUUCUUAUCAUUGAAAAGUUUUUUUUGUUUUUUUUUUAAUGGAAAAUUUUUCUAUCCUUGUCAUCUCACGUGCAAAUUGAUCCUCUAGGGUUAGACCACAGGAUUUCAUUGUAAAAU